AUGGCAGCCGUGGUGACAUCUUUCCACAGACUCAAAUGGGGCAUAUUCCCAGUGAGGAGGAUCGUAGAUGAGGAUGAAAAUGGGAAUUUCAUAGACCUUGAUGAACGUGGAUCAACUACUCCUACCGAUGAAGGUGGAAGUAUUGAGAAGUUCAAUACCAGACUGGAAGUUCAUUCAAUCCCCAGCAUCAAGCAUCAAGAACCGCUUAUUGAAUACCGUGAUGAGAAGGGCCGUCCUUGGUGGAAGUUUUUUGACGAGUAUGAGUACCGGAUAACAACACAACAGAAAAAGAGUAGAAAAUGGUACAAGUGGUUCCAUGAUGAUGAUACUGCUGAAGAAAAGAAGGUUAUCACCAAAAUCGACAUGUUGUUGACAUUCUAUUCCCUCAUGGCAUAUUGGGUUAAAUAUUUGGACCAAACAAAUUUAACAAAUGCUUAUAUUGGUGGAAUAAAGGAAGCUAUUGGCAUGAAAGGUAACGAUUUUAUUAAUACGCAAGUUAUGUUUACAGUGGGUAACAUUGUCUUCCAAAUUCCCUUCAUGUACAUAUUGUAUGCACUUCCACUCAACUACGUGUUACCAGCUUUGGAUUUCAGUUGGUCAGUGUUGACUGUUUGCACAUCCCAAGUCACCAAUGUUCCCAGCCUCAAAGCUAUUCGUUUUUUUAUUGGUGCAUUUGAAGCUCCAACAUAUAUUGCCUACCAUUCCUUAUUUGCUUCUUGGUUUAAAGGAAGUACGGGUGAAGUAGCUCGUAGAGCGGGGUUCUUUUACAUGGGUCAAUUUUUGGGAAUAUUGACUUCGGGUGUACUCUCGGGGGCGAUCAAAAGGCACUUAGGUGGUGUUAAUGGAUAUGAAGCUUGGCAAUGGAUCUUUAUCAUUGAUGGUAUUAUCAGUUUCGCCGUGGGUGUCAUAGGAAUCUAUAUGAUCCCAGGUACACCUGAAGAUUGCUACAGUGUCUUUUUAUCAGACGAUGAGAUUAGAAUUGCCAGAAGAAGAAUGAGAAAAGAUCAAAAGGACGCCAAGCCUAGAGAAAAUGAAUUUUAUCAUUUCUUUAAUUGGGACUUAUGGAAAAAGGUUCUUUCGUCAUGGCACAUUUACGUCUUGACGUUGUGGACAGCAUUUUGUUGGAACAAUUCAAAUGGAACUUCUGGUGCAUACCCAUUAUGGCUUGAAUCAUUGAAGAAAGAUGACGGAAACACGUUUCGAUUUGAGGGUGGUAAAUUGCAAGACUACACUUCGUUGACUCCAGCAUUGGGGAUUUUAUGGUUGAUUUUGACCACUUCAAUUGCAGACUUACUCAAAAGCCGCUAUGGAGCAAUAGUGUUUUCACAAGUGUUCAAUGUCCUAGGUAACUUGUUGCUUGCAAUUUGGGAUAUUCCUGAAGGAGCUAAAUGGUUUGCAUUUUGUAUGCAAUAUUGGGGUUGGAGUUCGUCUCCUGUCCUUUAUUCAUUUUUGGGAGAUAUAUGUCGAAGAGAUGUACGUGAGCGUCAAAUUGUUUUGGUUGCUUGUAAUAUGUUAGCCCAACUGACCUCAGCAUGGAUUUCGGUGUUGGUUUGGAAAACGGUUGAAGCACCCAGGUUUUUGAAAGGCUAUAGCUUCACUGCGGCAUCAGGACUUGCAUUGGCAGUUUGGUCUUUUCUCGUUUUGUACUUGUACAGGAGGCAAGAGAAGGCGGGGGCUUUAGAGAAUAACAUUGUCCUUUACAAUUCAAGCAAGAAUGAGGAGAAGAAUGUCAUGCCCCUACAUUGA